UUUUUGUAUGGAGGUCAAGAGUGUUAGUCAACAAUUUGGUCAACAAAAAAAUUAAUGUCUUAUUUGCAACGUGAGGUUUAUUUGAUCGAAUAUAAAUUCCACUAAUCCAAAGAAAGGAUAGCUGGGAGCUAAACAGCCCGCCCUGCCGCUUUGUGGACAACAACUCCCAUUUUAGGGCGGAAAGACAUGUAUUUUGUCAAUAUAUGCAUAUAUUGCAUUGUAAACAGGAAGCACAACCUCCUAAUGACCUUCUUCGAGCUGAAAACGUAGCGGCAGCUCUCCCUAGUGGUUAGCAAGCAGUUAGCAGCGAAGGGAGUGGAGAGAUUGAGAAGUGAAAAGGCAGGAAGGAAGGCCGUGGUACAUCGGCGUCUCCUAUACUAGAUCUGCAGUGGCUACAGCUGGGGAGAUGUCUGUGUUGACCUGAUAUCCUCCUCUCUUGCAGUAGAUGUGUGCUGUGCCUUCAAGAUGAGUGUGAAGGCAUUUGAGCUGGUCCCUGCCGUGGAGCGGGAGCUCCUGAUGGGAGACAAGGCCCGCAUCAACAUUGAGUGCAUCGAGUGCUGCGGCAAGCACCUGUACGUGGGCACCAACGACUGCUUCAUACAUCACUUCCUGCUGGAGGAGCAUGCCACGACCAAGGGGAUGCUAUCCUACACCGUCCAGAAACUGCUGUUCAAGUACCUGGGCCUGAAAAAGCCUGUGGAGGCCCUGAAGGCCGCAUCAGCGUUAGAACGCAUCAUUGUGCUCUGUGAUGCUACAGUUAGUGUUGUUGACAUGAUCACCUUAGAACCCGUGCCUUCGGGCGGGGCCAAGAUUAAGGGCGUGGCCGCGUUCUGCGUCAACGAGAACCCGGUGAACGGGGACCCGUUCUGCGUGGAGAUCGGGGUGAUCUCGGCCCGGCGGCGCACCGUUCAGAUAUACAUGGUGUACGAGGACAGGGUGCAGCUGGUGAAAGAGGUCAACACGCCGGAGCAGCCAUGUGCGGUCAGUCUGGACGGUUAUUUCCUGUGCCUGGCCCUCUCCACGCAGUACAUGAUCCUUAACUACAGCACAGGGGCCGCGCAGGACCUGUUCCCCUACGACAGCGAGGAGAGGAAGCCCAUCGUCAAGAGGAUCGGCAGGGAGGAGUUCCUCUUGGCUGCCCCCGGUGGCCUGGGUAUGUUUGCCAAUGCAGAGGGUAUAUCCCAGCGUGCCCCAGUGAACUGGUCAGAGAGUGUGAUUGGAGCGGCGGUGUGUUUUCCCUAUGUGGUGGCGCUAGACGAGGGCUUCGUCACCGUCCACAGUAUGCUGGACCAGCAGCUCAAGCAGACCCUCUCCUUCAGAGACGGACACAUCCUACAGGACUUUGAAGGUAAGGUGGUUCUAGCCUCCACUAAGGCUGUGUAUGUGCUGGUGCCCCUACCCCUGGAGAGACAGAUUCAGGAGCUGCUAGCUGGACACAGAGUGGAGGAGGCCCUCGCCCUUACAGAGGGAGCCAGGAGGAACAUUCCCAAAGACAAGUUCCAGAUAUUGCACAAAAGAAUCCUCCAGCAAGCAGGAUUCAUCCAGUUUGGACAGCUUCAGUUUUUAGAAGCGAAAGAACACUUCAGGACAGGUCAGUUGGACGUCCGGGAGUUGAUCUCCCUCUACCCUCUCCUCCUCCCGGCCUCCUCCUCCUUCACCCGCUGCCACCCGCCGCUCCACGAGUUCGCCGACCUCAACCACCUGGCGCAGGGGGACCAGGAGAAGGUCCAGAGGUGCAAGAGGUUCCUCAUCACGUACCUGGGUGAGGUGCGAAGCACGGAGGGGGCGAACGGCUGCCGGGAGGACGUGGACACGGCUCUGUUGAAGCUGUACGCUGAGCAGGACCACGAGAGUCUUCUGGACCUGCUGGCCUCCCCCAAUGCCUGUUUACUGGCAGACAGCGCCCCCUGGCUAGAGAAACACCACAAGUAUUUUGCACUAGGCCUCCUCUACCAUUAUAACGGACAGGAUUCAGCUGCUCUACAGUUGUGGGUGCGGGUAGUGAAUGGGGACCUUCAGGACUCUACCAGGGCUGAUCUGUAUGACUACAUUGUGGACUUCCUGAGUUUCUGUUCCAACCCGGACUUGGUGUGGAAAUAUGCAGACUGGGCCCUGCAGAGAGACCAGACGAUAGGGGUGCAGAUCUUCACCAGGAGGCCGGAGCAGAAGGACCAGGUUAAGGAGCAGAAGGACCAGGUGAACCCAGACGACGUCAUCACGUACCUGGGGAAACACAGCCAGGCUCUGCUGCUCUACCUGGAACACCUGGUGCUGGGCCGACGGAUACAGAAAGAGAAGCUCCACACCCACCUGGCAGUGCAGUAUACAGACAGAGUCCUGUCUCUCCUGUCUCAGUCCCCCACAGUGGACCAACAGGUGUCUAUAGCACGGGACAAACUCCAGCUCCUCCUCAGGGAGUCCAGCCUGUACCGCGUCCAACUACUACUGGGUAAGAUCCAGGAGUGUGACCAGUUGUUUCUGGAGAGAGCCACGCUCCACGGGAAACUAGAGGAGCACGAUAAGGCGUUACACAUCCUGGUGCACCAGCUCAAAGACUUCCCCGCUGCUGAGGCCUACUGCGUGUGGGGUUCUGCCUCCCGGGACCCGGCCUACCAGCAGCGCCUCUUCCACCUCCUUCUGGAGGUCUAUCUGGACCGGGACCUUCCCAGUAGUACCGGCUCCGGGGAGCUGGAGAUGGCAGCGGUGGAUCUGUUAAACCGACACGGGGAGGUGUUUGACGCUGUGCGCGUGCUGGACCUGCUUCCUGAAGGGUGGUCCCUGCAGCUGCUUCGCCCGUUCCUCGGACGCGCCCUGCGGGGGAGUAUGCACGCCUUCCGUACCUCCCAGGUUGCACUGGGGCUGGCGAGGUCAGAGAACCUACAGCUGCAGCACGACAGGUUGAAGCAGAGGAGAAGCCCAGUCCUGGUAUCAGAGAAGAAGGGGUGUGUUCUCUGCCACAACACCUUCAGCGAGCCGGACUGUGUGUGUCUUCCAGGAGGCGUGCCCGUACACACACACUGUGCCGCCCAGAGGGUGGUACGAGACUCGCCCACCAAGAGACAACUAGCCAAUAGCAACAACCACACAUGAAGCCCCUGCCCACCACCACCACCCAAGCCUCGCCCAGAGCCAGUGUGAUGGGAGGAGCCUAGCAGCAGCCCGGGCUGUGAUUGGUUGCGUCUGGGGGGGUCACAUCAGAUGAUGACUAUCGGGGAUAAAAGCACAGAGGUUACCAUGGCUACCGUGGUCCAGCGUAGUGGGAGCAGCCCUGGAGCAUACUCAGAAACACAGAGCUGACCACACUUCUCUACUGUGUGUGUGUGUGUGUGUGUGCUCUCGUUCAUUUGUGAAUGAAGGAAGGAAGGUAUUUAUUCCAGUGCCUCCAGUCAUAAACAACAGGGAGACUGAUGACCGACUGAGUUGUGAAUGAAGUUCUACAACAGGAACGAACUCCACAUCCAUCCAUCAUGACUCUAAACACAUUGAAGUGAAACCUACAGUCUGUCCUGGUCCAGUGCUGACCCCCUCCUCUGCUAUGUCUGUCCUGGUCCAGUGCUGACCCCCUCCUCUGCUAUGUCUGUCCUGGUCCAGUGCUGAACCCCUCCUCUGCUAUGUCUGUCCUGGUCCAGUGCUGAGCCCCCUCCUCUGCUAUGUCUGUCCUGGUCCAGUGCUGAACCCCUCCUCUGCUAUGUCUGUCCUGGUCCAGUGCUGAGCCCCCUCCUCUGCUAUGUCUGUCCUGGUCCAGUGCUGACCCCCUUCUCUGCUAUGUCUGUCCUGGUCCAGUGCUGAACCCCUCCUCUGCUAUGUCUGUCCUGGUCCAGUUCUGACCCCCCUCCUCUGCUAUGUCUGUCCUGGUCCAGUUCUGACCCCCCUCCUCUGCUAUGUCUGUCCUGGUCCAGUUCUGACCCCCCUCCUCUGCUAUGUCUGUCCUGGUCCAGUGCUGAGCCCCCUCCUCUGCUAUGUCUGUCCUGGUCCAGUGCUGACCCCCUCCUCUGCUAUGUCUGUCCUGGUCCAGUGCUGAGCCCCCUCCUCUGCUAUGUCUGUCCUGGUCCAGUGCUGACCCCCUCCUCUGCUAUGUCUGUCCUGGUCCAGUGCUGAACCCCCUCCUCUGCUAUGUCUGUCCUGGUCCAGUUCUGAACCCCUCCUCUGCUAUGUCUGUCCUGGUCCAGUGCUGAACCCCCUCCUCUGCUAUGUCUGUCCUGGUCCAGUGCUGACCCCCUCCUCUGCUAUGUCUGUCCUGGUCCAGUGCUGACCCCCUCCUCUGCUAUGUCUGUCCUGGUCCAGUUCUGACCCCCCUCCUCUGCUAUGUCUGUCCUGGUCCAGUUCUGACCCCCCUCCUCUGCUAUGUCUGUCCUGGUCCAGUUCUGACCCCCCUCCUCUGCUAUGUCUGUCCUGGUCCAGUGCUGAGCCCCCUCCUCUGCUAUGUCUGUCCUGGUCCAGUGCUGAGCCCCCUCCUCUGCUAUGUCUGUCCUGGUCCAGUGCUGAGCCCCCUCCUCUGCUAUGUCUGUCCUGGUCCAGUGCUGAGCCCCCUCCUCUGCUAUGUCUGUCCUGGUCCAGUGCUGACCCCCUCCUCUGCUAUGUCUGUCCUGGUCCAGUGCUUAACCCCUCCUCUGCUAUGUCUGUCCUGGUCCAGUUCUGACCCCCCUCCUCUGCUAUGUCUGUCCUGGUCCAGUGCUGAACCCCUCCUCUGCUAUGUCUGUCCUGGUCCAGUUCUGACCCCCCUCCUCUGCUAUGUCUGUCCUGGUCCAGUGCUGAACCCCUCCUCUGCUAUGUCUGUGUAACGGAUGUGAAAUGGCUAGCUAGUUAGCGGGUACGCGCUAGUAGAGUUUCAAUCAGUUAUGUCACUUGCUCUGAAACCUAGAAGUAGGGUUGCACCUUGCUCUGCAAGGGCCGUGGCCUUUGUGGCGCGAUGGGUAACGAUGCUUCGUGGGCGACCGUUGUUGAUGUGUGCAGAGGGUCCCUGGUUCGUGCCCGUGUCGGGGCGAGGGGACGGUUUAAAGUUAUACUGUUACAUCUGUCCUGGUCCAGGCAUUAACCUGAGGUGAGCUUGAGUCUAUCCCUGGGAAGGGUCUUACUGCAGACCAGUUAGGCACCUCCUCCUUCACUACAGUGGCUCCUCUCUGCUGCUGGUAUCUGAGACUGAGCUUGAAGACGAUGAUUCCCCAAGUGAGGCUGCGUUCACAGCCAGGAGAGUUCCUAAGUGUUGCUAAAUGUUCUUCUGUGUUGCACACGCUUUCUCACCCCUCCAACCUGCUCCCCUACCCGAACCUUGUGUCCACACUACUCAAGAACUGUCUCUCUGCCUUCAAGCAAAAAAACAAUGGUUUGGUUUUCAUUUUGCAAACCAAGGUGGGGUUGAAACAUCCAGCUAACCUGAUGCUAGCUGGUUUCAGCUCAGACCAGGGCCGUAUUCAUUAGACACCAAACUGAAGAAAAUGGGAGAGGGACGAGCUGAGCCAUCUCAAAAAACAAACGUGUUUUCCUUUUCCACUGCAAAACGUUUUGCUUCGGUGUUCCCUGAUGAACGUGACCCAGCUCUAUGGGACGUGAAAUGCUAAAACAGAACAGAAGAAUUGGCUAAUGUUUCACUAACCAAAGUUACGUUUAACUUGGUCCCAGAUCUGUUAGUGCUCAUGCCAACUUCAUUGCUAUUAUUCAAGCCAAUUAUUUUUGGCAUGACUAUGAGUGACAAGGAGUUGUCAUGGUGACACAAACAGACUGGCACUCAGGCUAAGCUAUGUCCUAUUUAUAGAGUUCUCAGCUUUGUAUCUGUCCCAUUAAGGCGUCAGUGACAGCAUGGGCAGCACCAUUUUAAAGUAGUACAUUUUCUUUUUUUUAUGUUUGUAAAAGUGUAUCGCUAAUAUUAGUGAUUUACCGCCACCUGCAUUGCGUGGGGUCUUGAACCAAAUCUUGUUAUUUAUUGUGGCCACUAGAUGGCGGUGAUAUAGCUUAAAUCCAUUUACAAACUCAGAAAACCAAUUUUGAGGAGGACAAUGCUCUGAUCAUUGACUGAUCACUCCCAACUCAUAGGAAUCCCUGUCCAGUUGACUACUUUAAAAUGGUGGAAGCGCUCAGUGGCAAAGUCCAUGUAAAUAGUGUUAUUUCCAAGUAAUGAACUCUAUACAUCUCUAUGGUCCUGUCCCAGUUCAUGUAGAUCAGUGAACAACAUGAACAAAGCAAGAAAUCAGCCUUUGUAUUAACACAUUGAUUUACAGGGAACCCUUCAAUUAUGCAACUUAGCCGGUAAAAUAUUAAUUUUUGUACCGACGCGUUAAAACCAGCUGAGCAUUUAGUGAACAGGAAAAGGGGAAACGCAUUGCAAUGCAGUCUAUUUGUUUCAAUGCUUUAGUUGUUUUGUUCUCACGCUGCUUGCAAGGUUUAUAGAAAACUGAUUUCUCUGUCAAAAAAAACAAUUUUGACUUUUUAAAAUGUGUGAAAUGUCAAAUUUUUGAUGGGUAUUGCAAUAGACCAUUUGAUGAGCACAGACGAAGUGAAACCCCUCUUUCUCACACACACACACACACAAACUCUCCUUCUCGAUGAUAUCCAGUUAUAUCCAAUUUGUUUCUCUGUUGGUGAAGGGUGUUGUGUGUCUGUCUGUUUCUCAGGUGGCACCCUAUUCCCUGUAUAAUACACUACAUUUGACCAGGACCUCUGGCCAUUUGGGAUGCACCCUCUGUCUUUGGGGAUGGAGCUCUGAUCAAAACCACGUUUUUAUUUAAUAAUUUUUUAAAUUCAGCCUUUAAUUCCAAACUCCGUCCUGAUCACACCGUAACUGCUACCAUGUGAAUAGAAACAGCCGGCUAUGACUCUACAUGUUGUAGAUGAGGGUGUUUCUGUCUGGCUCUCUGUUCCCUCCAUACUUCACCUCUGCUUUCAUUCUCUAUUGGCACCGGUUAUCUACUUAAUGCUCUGUUACUUGAUAAAGGAAUGAAUCACUGUCCUGUUUGAAUGAAUCACUGUCCUGUUUGAAUGAAUCACUGUCCUGUUUGAAUGAAUCACUGUCCUGUUUGAAUGAAUCACUGUCCUGUUUGAAUGAAUCACUGUCCGUUACACGAUUUGAAGAUCAAAAUGUUUUUUUAAUCAUUGGAAGAGGGUGUAGUAGGAUGGAAGUGUAGAAUACCGGACUGAGCAGUCUUCAAGGUUUUGUUAAACGCCAAAGGUAUUGUUCCCAUGAUAUUUGGGGAAAACAAAAAUAAAAAAUAAUCAUUCUUGUGUAUGUAAAGCCAGUAGCAUAUUUGUGGGCAUGGCUGACUAUUCCAGUGGCUGGUUCCAUGCACAGUGAUUGGCCAGGAGAACUAGGUCAGAUGUACCGAUUGGACACAUUAAUCACAGUAACUCCGCCCCCCCAAGAGUGGCACGUUUUGGAGGAGAUGAUAUCAGUGCACAACACCUUUUAACACUGUCUGGCACCCUAUUUAGUAUGUAGUGUACUACUUUGGACCAGGGCACAUAAUGGGUCUGGUCAAAAGUAGUGCACUAUAUAGGACAUUGGGUUCCAUUUCAGACACCUUCAGUACCAUCCAUCCUUCUGGAUGGUCAUCUCUGGAUGGAUAUUCAAAAUGGACCCAUCCUUUUCCAUCACUUCUCAGAUCAGUGACGUCUGAUUUCAGGAUCAGCCUGUUUUUAGAUUGUUACAUGUUGAAUAACACCUUUAACUUUGGUUCCAGGCUUCUGUUAGUGCCUGGAUACACAUGGGCCCUGGUCUAAAGUAGUGCACUAUAUAGGGAAUGGGGUGUCAUUUGCCCUGGUCUAAAGUAGUGCACUAUAUAGGGAAUGGGGUGUCAUUUGCCCUGGUCUAAAGUAAUGCACUAUAUAGGGAAUGGGGUGUCAUUUGCCCUGGUCUAAAGUAAAGCACUAUAUAGGGAAUGGGGUGUCAUUUGCCCUGGUCUAAAGUAAUGCACUAUAUAGGGAAUGGGGUGUCAUUUGCCCUGGUCUAAAGUAGUGCACUAUAUAGGGAAUGGGGUGUCAUUUGCCCUGGUCUAAAGUAAAGCACUAUAUAGGGAAUGGGGUGUCAUUUGCCCUGGUCUAAAGUAAUGCACUAUAUAGGGAAUGGGGUGUCAUUUGCCCUGGUCUAAAGUAGUGCACUAUAUAGGGAAUGGGGUGUCAUUUGCCCUGGUCUAAAGUAAUGCACUAUAUAGGGAAUGGGGUGUCAUUUGCCCUGGUCUAAAGUAGUGCACUAUAUAGGGAAUGGGGUGUCAUUUGCCCUGGUCUAAAGUAAAGCACUAUAUAGGGAAUGGGGUGUCAUUUGCCCUGGUCUAAAGUAGUGCACUAUAUAGGGAAUGGGGUGUCAUUUGCCCUGGUCUAAAGUAAAGCACUAUAUAGGGAAUGGGGUGCCAUUUGGGAUGUAGGGGUUUACUCUGCACAAAGAAGGACUUACUGUCUUCUGCCUUCUCCCUUGACACCAAUAACACAUCAUGUGUAUAAACAUGACCUUAAACAAACCUACUCUCUGGCUCUCUCCCUUUCUAUCUCUCUGUCUCUCUCUCCUGAUGUAUUUUAUAAAUAUAUAGAUACUGGUAUGUGUAUAUACUGUAUAUAUAGUAGUUUGUUGCUUUGUAAAUCAAUGUAGGUGGAAUGUACAACCUGUGAAGAUGUCCAUUUUAAUAAACAUGACUACAUGCUGACAUCAGUUGGUUAUUAAGAAUAUAUUAUAUUAUUAAGAUGUCCAUUUUAAUAAACAUGACUACAUGCUGACAUCAGUUGGUUAUUAAGAAUAUAUUAUAUUAUUAAGAUGUCCAUUUUAAUAAACAUGACUACAUGCUGA